UACCAGUCGAGGCGACCAAUUUCGGCAUUGAGAACCAUGAUAGACUUAAAUGUCUCCUUUGUAUGCCACGUUUCCAGGUGCAAUUUGCUGCUAACUCUGAAAAUAAAAGGAAAAUAAAAAACCCGCCAAUUAAAUCAAUGGACAAGAUUGAAAAUUAAAAAACAGACAAUAAAAAAAAUACUUUUUUUCAAAAAUUACAAAUUGUUUAAAUUAGAAUCAAAGAUAAACAGAAAGGAAAAAGGAAAAGAAAAAGGCAGGGCGUUCAUUGUGCAGGUAGUCGCCGUCGUAGAGCAGAGGAGCUUGAGGCGGUGGCAGCGGCCUAGAGAGAGGCGGAGAUAGAGAGAACGGGAGAGAGAAGAUGAACAAUUGAACCGCCAAUCUUUAAAGAAAGAAAAAAAAAAAGAAGAAAACGGAUGCAAACCUCAAGGUUUCUUAUCCCAUUAGAUUCUCUCUCUCUCGGUCUCUUUUUUCUUCUCAUUGUUCGGAGAUCGUGUACAUUUUCCAUUUCGCCUCUCCCUAUAGCGUUUUCCGAUGAAUUCGUCUCUUUUCUCUGGAAAUUUUUAAUAUUUUCCAACACUUCCUCUUCGCAUUUUAAAUUUUUUGAAGAUUUUCCCUCAAAGGCAUCUCUUUCCAAUUUGGAUCCAAUAACAGCAGAAGAACCCAAAUCUAUCAGCUUUAUCAAACCAAAAUCAAGAAAAAUGCCAUUAAAAACUUUUAUUCGGGAAUUUGGAAACAUAUCAAAUAAAAGUCCAGCGAGGAAAGAUAACCAUAGGCGUGGACGAUCCCAUAUUGCACCAGAAGCUGCUUCUUCUUCUUCUUCUUCUUCUUCUUCUUCUUCUUCUACGUUAUCAUUAGCUGGUUCUUCAACUCAAAUCAUCGAGCAAGGGCAAUGGGCAAAUUUGCCUCCGGAAUUACUUUUAGAUAUAAUACAAAGAGUGGAAACAAAGGAAAAAUGUUGGCCGGGAAGGAGAGAUGUGGUUGCUUGUGCUUCCGUUUGUAAGUCAUGGAGGGAAAUUACUAAAGAAAUUGUUAAAACACCGGAGCAAUGUGGCUUCUUCACUUUCCCCAUAUCUUUAAAGCAGCCUGGACCAAGGGAUGCUCCCAUUCAAUGCUUUAUUAGGAGGGAAAGAGAAACUUCAACAUAUAGAUUGCAUCUGGGUCUCAGUCCUGCUUUGUCUGGUGAUUUGAGUAAACAGUUGUUGCUAGCAAAGAGAGUUAGAAGGGCUACCUGCACUGAUUUUAUGAUAUAUUUAAAGGGGGAUGAUUUCUCAAAAUCAAGCAACGAUUAUAUUGGAAAACUUAGGUCUAAUUUCCUGGGAUCCAAGUUAAACAUUUUCGAGAGCCAACCUCAAUAUGAUUCUACUGCACAAUCCACUCCUCGAUCACGUUGGAAAACUUACUUGAAGUCGGUGCCUCCGAAGGUCCCUACGAUUAGCUUGAACACUGCCAGUAUAUCUUAUGAGCUCAAUGUUCUUCGCACAAAAGGUCCAAGGAGAUUGAAGUGUAUUAUGUACUCGAUCCCAGUCUCCUCGCUCGAAGAAGGAGGAACUGCUCGAACACCAACAGCAUUCGCAAAUUGCCCUGAUGAGGAUCCUUCUCCACCGGUAGAUUCCAAAGGAAAGAAGCCACGCAUGGGAUUCAACUCAACUGUCUGUGGAAAGCCUCCAAAAUCAGUGCAAAGUACUGCAUUAGCUUUGAAAAAUAAAGCUCCUAGAUGGCAUGAACAGUUGCAGUGUUGGUGCCUAAAUUUUAAAGGACGAGUUACCGUGGCUUCUGUAAAGAAUUUCCAGUUGGUGGCCGCUGCAGAGCCGGGCCAUAACAUUGCAGUAGCAGAACAAGACAAAGUGAUCCUGCAAUUUGGGAAGAUUGGCAAGGACAUUUUCACCAUGGAUUAUCGUUACCCACUCUCUGCUUUCCAAGCCUUUGCAAUCUGCUUGAGCAGCUUCGGUACAAAACCGGUUUGUGAAUGACAGUCCCUCUUAUUCCCUCUCCGGAAGCACUUUAGCUUUUGCCAUUUUCAUCGGCAACCACUUCUGUUUCUCUGCACAUACUAAGUAAUGAAGGCUGUACACAUGUAUUCUAUGUUUUAGCAUCUAUCUAUUUUCAAACUGCAAGCUCCAGGCUCUCCCCCUGAGCAGGUUGCUUCAUACAGUCCACGACUUAUGUUUUAUGUCAUUCAAUAUACGAGGAAACUAUAUUUUAUGUUGCGUGGGUUGAUCUUGUAACCCUGAACCGUCCUUUUUGAUUGACUUUGAGUGAAAAGAUGCUCAUGAGUUUUCCUU